UCUCAGCACCCUCAUUUGCGGUGUGUCUCAAGCACACAGUCUGUUAAGGUGCUGAAAGACCCAGAUCUGUUACGGAGCAGGGCGAAGUGCUGUUUGGACACAAGGGAGGGGAGGCACUUUGGCGAGAGGUGCACCAUGGCUGACGUGGGCUCAAUUCAGCAGGCUAAGCUCGUGUUGCUAGGGGAUAUGGGAGCUGGAAAAUCAUCUUUGGUUCUCAGAUUCGUCAAGGGCCAGUUCUUCGAUUACCAGGAAUCAACAAUCGGAGCAGCCUUUUUGACAAAAACAAUCCCGGAAAAGGGUGUCAAAUUCGAGAUUUGGGACACAGCAGGCCAAGAAAGAUAUCACAGCUUGGCGCCUAUGUACUACAGGGGGGCUGCAGCAGCAGUGGUGGUCUUUGACAUCACCAAUGCAGAGAGCUUUGCCAAGGCCAAGAACUGGGUGAAGGAGCUGCAGCGGCAGGGCAACCCCAACAUGAUCAUGGCCUUGGCCGGCAACAAAGCCGACCUCGCAGCGCAGCGCGCUGUCACCUCUGAGGAUGCAAAGGCGUAUGCGGACGAGAACAGCCUCUUCUUCUGGGAGACAAGCGCGAAGACGAACGUCAACGUGGCAGAGGUGUUCCAUGACAUUGCCGAGCGGCUGCCGCGCGCGUCGGCAGCGCCGCAGCCGCCAGUGGGAGGCAUCACUCUUACUGAGACCGUCCCCGAGCGCGCCAAGAAGUCAGCCUGCUGCUCCUGAGCUUCAUCUCCACAGUCUGCUGUGUCAAACCUAACAGUAUGUCAGUUGUGAAUCACCCUUUAGAAUGGGAUCACACCGUGCUUGCAUCUCAUGCGUGCGAGCAGAAUCCACAGAUGUCUCUCAUUUGGAUGGUUUCAGGACAAUCCCUCAUCCCACGCCAGAAGCUGCAGGAUGUCACGGGUUUGGUUGCGUGAACACGUUUGCAAUUGGUUGGAUUGCAGAGCCAGGUCUUCCUGCUUGGCUGCACUGCUCAAGAUCUGUGGGGGUCGUUGCCUUGAUGCUGCUCCGCAUCUGAAGUGUCGGUCAGAUGGGGCUGGAAAGGACAAGAGUGUUGCCACGUCUGCUAUUGCUGCUUCAUAGCCGCUUAGAUUUCUUUGAGAAGUUUCUUGGUAGUUUGCAUGAAACCUCCCAUAAUAUAUAUGUACAUGUAGAAAAGGUGAGCCUGAAAUUAGUUAGGGCCUGAUUGUGUGGACGAAUUGUGUGCGCUUCACACAUCACAGCCCCUGUACUGUAUAUGCUGCCGAGUGUAUUGUAUGUCCGAGUAAUUUUCAGAAUGGUC